AUGUCCGACAGUAUGGGCGAGGCUACGCCACGAUCACUGCUAUCAGAGUCAAACGGUAUCGCAUACUUAGCUGGGGGGUGUAUCUUGCUAUAUACAUUGUACAGCAUUGCUAUUGCCGUCAAAAACGUCUACUUCCACCCACUAAGUCACAUUCACGGGCCCAAGCUCUGGAUCGCUUUUCCCCUCCUCAAAUGGCUGCACGUAAUCCGUGGCGACCUCGACGCGAAGAUGGUGGAGUGGCACGAGGUCUAUGGCCCAACCAUCCGCAUUGCUGCCAAAGAGCUGUCGUUCACCGGAGCUCAGGCGUGGGCUGACACCUGUGGACCCAAGAACAACCCUGAACUACCCAAGGGCUUCCAGGGGCUGCACGACGGGCGCCCGCGAAGCAUGGUCGAAGCGAGCACCGCAGACCACGCUCGGUUCCGCAAAGCACUAUCCUAUGGCUUUUCUGAGAGGGCCAUGCGCGCACAGGAGGGCUUGAUUCAGGGGUACAUCAACCUGCUUAUGAAGAGGUUGCGGGACCGGGCUGACGGCGUCACGCCGGUGGAUAUUGCUCAAUGGUACGACUUCACGACUUUCGACAUCAUUGGGGAUCUUGCUUUCGGGCAGUCGUUCAACGGUCUGCGCGAUGCCACUUUGCACACCUGGAUAGUCAAUCUCUUCAAGAUGCUGCAGAUGGCGGCCAUCGUCCGUGGCACGAGCGAGUACCCGUUCCUGAUCUCGCUGGCUCAGCGUAUCGUACCUCGUAGCAUCCAGAAAGCCGCAGACGAGCAUUGGGACUUUGCAGCGCAGUGCAUCAAGCGUCGCUUAAAGGACGGCUCCAAACAAGGUCGUCCUGAUUUCGUCGAUGCCAUGAGCAGAAACAAAGGCACCGAAAUCGAGAUCACGGAGGAGGAAAUGGUCAGCAACGCAUUCUUGAUCCUUGUUGCCGGCUCCGAGACAACCGCCACCUUGCUCAGUGGCGUGACCUACUUCCUCCUGAAGAAACCUUCGAUCUUGCAACGCGCUCAGGCUGAGGUGCGCAACACCUUCAAGGACGAAAAGGAGAUAACGAUGACCUCGGUUUCGGCGAACUUACCAUACAUGCGCGCGUGUCUGGACGAGGCGCUCCGCUGCUACCCGCCCGCACCCGGAAGUGUUCAGCGGGUGACCGUCUCGCCCAGCACGAGCAUCGACGGUACCGUCGUCCCCCCGGGCACGUACGUGUCCGUGCACCAAAGUGCAGCAUUUUGGUCGGAACGCAACUUCAAGCGCGCACGUGGGUUUGUGCCCGAGCGCUGGCUCCCUGAGCAUCAACGGGAAGGCGGCGAGUUCGCGAACGACGACCGCGCGGUACAUCAGCCAUUCAGCGUAGGACCGAGGAACUGCAUAGGGCAGAAUCUUGCAAACGCGGAAAUGAGGGUUAUACUGGCUAGGGUUCUGUGGAACUUUGAGCUCGUGCUUGCAGGGACAGAAGAAAAGAAGGCAGGGUGGGUAGACCAGAAGACGUUUUUGACCUGGAUUAAGAAGCCGUUGAUGGUGACGCUGAAGUUGAGGACAUGGGAUGUGUAG